AUGGAUUCGAAUAGGUCAGAAUCUUUAUUAGACACAGAUAUUCCCAGCGGCUUACCACCAACUCUAACACCGACCAGAUACGAACCGCCACCACCGCUGCCAACAGCAACGACAAAAACAUACACAUGGCGUGAAUGGGGUGAGUGGCUAGUCAAAGACGUGCCGAAAGAUAUAAAAAGGAAAGUCACCGACGCGUACAGAAUAUUUAAAAACAAGGUUUUAAGUCUGUACGGUAAGCAACCAACGGUAAAAUCAACGUUAGUCUCUAGUGCCAUCAAAAAGACUACCGCUAAAUGGAUGAUACCCGGUGAUGAGUUCAAAGAUCCUUGGGUUUUCCUAAACAGCGCAAGAUCUGAAGUGGAAAGGAUCGUCAACAGCGUUGAAGGUGCAAAGAAAGUAUAUCUAGUAUUAACCUGUGAACUCGUAAAAGAAGACCCAAAAACCAAGCAGAAGACAUAUGUAAUAUUCCGCGGAAGAAGUUACACCCAUACAAUCACAGUUAACAUCAGCGGAGAGUAUGAAAAAAUGCGUGAAAAAAUGUUAGAAAGUCUUGCAAAAUUUCAGAAGAACGGCAGUAACUGGAGAUUACACAAAGUGGAAAAGUUAGAAGUGUCUGUCACAAAGUAUGAACCGUUGAAAGGGAAGGGAUAUACAACACCGCUCCCAAAACCUCUAAAAGAGAAGAGAGUCAUCAUUAACAUAAAAAAUGAGGACAACCAGUGUUUUAAAUGGGCAGUGACUAGAGCUUUGAAUCCUGUGAAACGUGACGCAUGUAGAGUCACAAAAAUCUUAAAAUUACAGGUUAAAAAAUACAAUUGGGAAGACAGAGUGUUCCCAACGAAAGUUAAAGAUAUUCACAAAUGGGAAGAGAAAAAUAAUAUAAACAUUAACGUAUUCGGAUACGAUGAGGAAACAAAAAAAUUAUAUACGUUAAAGCUUGGAGAACAGGAAAACCCUACGGAAACGGUAAGUCUAUAUCUACACGACGACAAUCACUACUGUGUAAUUAAAGAUCUAAGUCGUCUUAUAGCGGCACAACUUAGCAAGGGUAAACGGCGGAAAUUCAUCUGCUUACGAUGCAUAAAUGCAUUCGGGACGGAAAAACUCCUAGCUGAACAUACAGCACUAUGCGAAGAUCAUAAACUACAACACCAUUAUUACCCAUCCAAAGGUAGCACAACAUUCUUCAAAAACUUUGAACGGUUACAUGAAGUACCAUUCAUGGUGAACGCAGAUUUCGAAUGUUUUCUAGAACCAAUGGAUCAUGUAGAAGGUGAUCCAAAAACGUCAUUCACAAUUCAAUAUCAAAAGCACAGACCAAGCGGAUUCUCAUACACGAUAAAAUGUAUGGAUAAGAACGUUUACAAAACAAAAUUUAUAACGUACACAGCACAAAAUAAGGAUGAGGAUAUAGGAAAAAUCUUCGUUAACUCACUGGAGGAAAAUCUGAAACCGGUGUAUGAAAUUCUUAAAAAAGUAACGCCAAUAAGCAUGACAGAAAAGGAUAAAAAGAACUACACUGGAUCCAACAACUGCUAUGCAUGCAAUAUACAAUUUGGAACCGUCAGGAUAAAUGAAUGGAACGGUAAGGAAGAAAAAGUAAUUAAGUGUAGAGAUCACUGCCAUAUCACUGGCAAAUACCGAGGAGCCGCAUGCGAUAAAUGCAACCUACGAAUGAGAACACCAAAGUUCGUACCAAUACUUUUUCACAAUUUGGAAAGUUAUGAUGCACAUUUGUUUGUAAAAAGUCUAGGCUUCAGUGAGGGUGAUAUUAAUUGUAUUCCAAAAACAGACGAAAAGUAUAUAUCAUUUAGUAAGAAAAUUCCUAUGGAAACCAUCAUAUCACCCGAUGGAGAAAAGACAUUAUAUCUGGAAAUGCGGUUCAUCGACUCAUACAAGUUCACACUUGCGUCACUUGAUUCCCUCGCCAACACGCUCGGCGAGGAUGACUUCAGAACAUUGGAAAGUCAAAUGAAACACUCGGGAAUAGAGCUACUGAAGAGAAAAGGGGUGUUUCCAUAUGAGUUCAUGACAGGCUAUGACAAAUUGCAGUAUGAUAAGCUACCCAGUAAGAAAGAAUUUUACAGUAAGUUAAAUAACCCAGAUAUAAGCGACGAGGACUAUGAACAUGCACAAAAAGUCUGGAAGACGUUCGAUUGUAAAACGAUGCGUGACUACCACGAUCU